UCUUUUUCUUAUAUAAAAGAGUGUAAUAAUAAUCUGGACUCUCUUCCUCAUUCUCCUCCUUCUCAUUCUCCUCUUUUUCCGAUUUUACCCUAUCUUUUUGGAUUUUGAAUUGAUUUUGCCAAUUUUUGAACUUUUAUUCCGCACUUCGAAUUUCUAAGUUUAACAAAAUGAAUUUCAAAAUUUUUGGAUGAAGACUUUAGAUUUGGCCAAGUUUAUAACACAAGUGUUUACAUUGACAAUCGUAUUAUGGAAAAAACGCUUCUGUAUAAAUGGGCUUUUCUGAUUCUUUUUGUCAAUAGCUUUGUAUCUCGAAUUUUUGUUUGUGUCAAAGUGCGUAUUCUAUUAAAAACUUUAAAUUUUCGGAUAUUUAGUUAUUUAGUUCAUGUUUUUGCCAAAUUUUGACAGUUCUGUGUCAAUGGUCCAAGAUAAAUUUGCCAACUCUAUGGCAGAUUUGGAAGCUUUUAUUGAUGGCAGAUUUGAACGCCAAAUCUGCCAACUUAAUGACAGAUUUUAUGAUGCCGAAGUUGUAACGGCGAUGACCGUGCUCAUAAGUGAAGUGGCAGCUAUGAAGUUGAUACUGAUGGUGCUUGAAUGGUGGCAGCGGCGGCGGAUGGUGACGCCGGUCAGGCGGCGAUGGUUGGCAGCGCGACAACGAUGGAAGCUAAGGCAGCACCAGCGACAACAACGGUUGGCAGCGCUAGUGACGGCAUUGUCAGAUGGCAACAUCGUGGGUGGCUGAAUUGUUACAGUUAAAAUUUUAAAGUUUAAUGAAAUUUAAAUUUUACAUUUUAAUUAUAAAUUCAAAUAAAAAAUGAUUAGGGGCAUUUUGUACAAAUAUAUGGUGUUAAGUCCUAUGAAACAUAUAUCUGAUUGUUGGUCCUAUUAGUGCAGAUGGUCCAUAUGUUAGUCUUUUUUUUAAAGGAAAGGGGAAUUUUAUUCAAAGGGAAAAGUAAACAGUACUGGUAAAAAGAAAUGAAAAAAGAAAAUAAAAGAAAGAAAAUACAACCGAACAGAGAAAGUAAAAACUAAAAUUACACCCAAGGAAAUUCUCUAGCCCGAGACCUAGUAAUCAUGUUGUGCCGCCUUUUAUUUUUCUGAGAUUUUCUGUAUAUUUUGAUCCGCGUGUUUAGGUUUUCUAUCGGUAUGUAAUUUUCA